CCUGCAGUGACGUACACCGCCACUCGUCCAGUUUCCCGUAAAAUCGCAAAAUAAUUUUCCUCGAUGUGGCGGCGGCCCGCUGCACAUGGUAAUGUUCUAAGAAAAUUUUCCCCGUGAAAAUCGCCGGAAAAUGCAAAAUCCGCUGGAAAUCCCCGACGGAAAGCCUCCUCGCGCUUAGCCCACCAGCCGUCGAGCAGCCAUUUAUGACCUCAAGCGCCACUUGUGUCGCCCGAAAUCCGCGUCCAUCUCGUCCAGAUCGCGGGAUUUCCCCCGGAAAAAAGGAUUUUCAGGUCGCUCGCGGGCCGCGGACCGCCGUUCCGUCGGUAUUUCGGCGCUUCGGGGCCCCUUUUGGCCGCUUUGGGCGCGAUCUCUGCGGUGCGUGAGCCAAGCGGCCGCCAUCACAGUGUGCGCCAAGCUUGGUGAGCAGAUUUGCCGUAAGUGGUGUGUGUGUUGUGUUGCUCUGCAUUUUUCUCGUUUCUCAUGUGGAUUAUGCAUCGAAAUCUCCAGAUUGGGAUGCCCGCUACUCACUGAUAUGUGGCCCCCCAGCAUGGGAUUUCACUUUAUUUCGCACUGCAGCUGAUCGGUGAAUUCGGUCACAAUCUAUUUUCCUGCGCUUGGUGUGAGGCUCGAUAUGUGAUUUACGCGAUUUUUUGGGGCCGCGAACUCGGGCCGUAAUAUAUUGUGACAAAAUGCAGCAAGUUGAGCCACCUAUUCAAAACAACACAGGUGCGGCAAGCAAAAUGAGUGAACCCAGCAAAGAGAAAGAGCCGCCACCUCGUGUGGAGCCGGUGAACGGUAUCGUACAACCUCCAGUUCACCCUCCACCAGAUCGACCAGGACGCAUCACAAAUCAGCUGCAAUUUCUUCAAAAGACCGUACUGAAGGCCGUAUGGAAACAUCAGUUUGCUUGGCCGUUUCGACAGCCUGUCGACGCCAAGAAACUCAACCUUCCUGACUACCAUCAAAUAAUCCAACAACCGAUGGAUCUAGGUACAAUUAAAAAACGUUUGGACAAUAAUUACUAUUGGUCUGGUAAAGAGUGCAUCCAAGAUUUUAACACAAUGUUCACGAACUGUUACGUGUAUAACAAACCGGGCGAGGACGUUGUAGUGAUGGCUCAAACGUUGGAAAAAGUGUUUCUUACGAAAGUUGCCGACAUGCCGAAGGAGGAAGUGGUGGUGGCAAAAGGCGCGAAAGGGAAAAAGGGCCGAGCUUCGGGCGUUGUAGGCGGAGUUGGGGCGGGGCGUGGCCGUCCCCCGGCGGCCGUAUCAUCGACGGUAGCCACUCCCGUUGCAACAUCCACAGAGGUGGGUUAUUUCCAAGCGCCUCCUUUUUUAGGUUCGUUAGGCCUUCCUCUCGGCACACAAGCACCGCCCACCAUUCCUGGCAGCACGGCAACGACCACAAUAGCACCGGCGUCCACUCUCCCGCAACAACCAGCGAUCAACCCGCCUCAGACUUACCACGUGGCGCAGCCGAUUGUCAACUCGUUAGAUACUAAUUUAACACCUAGUACAGUACUUCCUGGUAACGUAGUACCUCCAUCGCAGCCGGCUAAGGUGAAAAAAGGAGUGAAAAGAAAGGCCGAUACUACGACGCCUACGGCGACGGCGUACGAUUAUAAUCCGCCGUUGGAGUCGUCCAAAUCGGCGAAGAUUUCGACGAGAAGAGAAUCGGGACGACAGAUUAAAAAACCAAGUAUGGACGUCUUUGUGCCGUACCAUCAGGCGAAUAUUACACCGCCGAUUUAUACGUCCACGCCGCAAAUGCCGGCGCAUAAACCGAAAGAAAAACUCACCGAAGCGCUGAAGAGUUGUAAUGAAAUUUUAAAGGAGUUGUUUUCGAAAAAACAUUCGAGUUACGCAUGGCCAUUUUACAAACCAGUGGACGCGGAAUUACUGAUGUUGCACGAUUACCAUGAUAUUAUUAAAAAACCAAUGGAUUUGGGAACCGUUAAACAAAAAAUGGACAAUCGAGAGUAUCGUUCUGCACAGGAAUUCGCCGCUGAUGUUAGACUGAUCUUCACCAAUUGUUAUAAAUAUAAUCCAUCGGACCACGAUGUCGUAGCCAUGGCCAGAAAAUUACAGGACGUUUUUGAAGUCAAAUUUGCUAAGAUCCCCGACGAACCAGUGAACAGGAUAGGAAUACCACCAAAAUCCGAGUCAAGUUCGUCCGGUUCCAGUUCGGAAUCCUCGAGCGAAACGGAAGAUUCCGAAGAGGAGAGUCGGAACAAACAGUUGAAGUUGUUAGAGAAGGAGUUGAUCGCCAUGCAGGAAAAGAUGCGUAAGCUGGUCGAGGAGAGCACGAAGCGAAAGAAAGAAAAGAAAAAGCAGAAGGAGAAAGACAAGAGUAAAAAAGUUAUGGCAAACAGUAGUUCAAUGGGUAAGCCGGGGGCACACAGCGCCCUCACAAAAACCAAUUCGAUUAUCUCAGACAGUGUCGAGGACAGUAUAGCGAGUGUUGUCUCAGGAGCAGAUAUGAAGAUGACGACCGACACGAGCCAGCAUGGAGUCGGUGCCGGCGGUGGUAAAUCCCUGAACAUGCAUCACAUACCUCCAGGUGGCGCCGCCAACCAGUCCAUCAAACCGCCGAAGAGCAAGAGCGUGAGAGGACCGAAACCAGCCGUUCCAUUAAACACGCCGGCGAAAAGAGGGAAAAACAACAACAAAGCGGGCGGAGGAAGAAAGAAAUCGACGUCGCAAGCCUCCAACAUGGGAUUCGAUUCCGAAGACGAGGAUAACGCCAAGCCGAUGUCGUACGAUGAGAAACGACAGUUGUCGCUCGAUAUUAACAAAUUACCCGGUGAUAAACUGGGCCGUGUUGUGCACAUAAUUCAAUCCAGGGAGCCGUCGUUGCGCGAUUCGAAUCCUGAUGAAAUCGAGAUCGAUUUCGAAACGUUGAAACCGUCGACUCUUCGUGAAUUGGAGAGUUACGUUGCCUCAUGCCUACGUAAAAAGCCACGUAAGCCUUACUAUAAGAAAAUGCCGGGUAAAUCUAAAGAUGAACAAAUGGCCGAGAAGAAACAAGAAUUGGAAAAACGGCUUUUAGACGUUAAUGACAAAAUAGGAAAUUCUAAAAAGGCUCCCAAGAAAGAGGAGGCCAAUCGGGUAGACCCAACAGGAGCAGGAGGUCCUUCGGGCCGGCUGUCGUCUAGUUCAAGUAGUUCAGAUUCAGACAGCAGCACCUCCAGUCUAUCGUCUAGUUCGAGUGAUUCCAGUGACAGCGAAGCAGGUGGGAGCAAUCGACAGGCCAAAAAGAAGACAAAAAAAUCACCUAACCCUUCCGUCGGAAAUUCGAACGUGAAGCCUCAGCAGCUAGCACCUGCCGCACUGCCAACAACAACAACAACCACCGCCAGCAGCAACAACAAUAACAACACAACAAACAUAGCGAAUAAUCAGGUCCAUCCGCCUGUAUCAAACCACAUGGACAGCAAACCAAACACAACCGCAAUGCCAGUAACCAAUCGCAAGCCAUCCAUAUCGAACGAUAAACCAUUAAUAAUGCCACCCGCCCAAACAACGGUACCUCAAGCUCCAAAACAAGUAGCUCUUCCUACACCAUCACCCGACAAACCCAAAACCAACAUCCUUUCGCCCCUCACCAGUUCGUACACCGAUCCUUUGGAACAAUCAUUGGCUAGUCUCGAACAUGACAUCAUUAAAAACGAACCACUUGAUUCCAAAUACUUGGUAUCCUCCCUCAACAAUCCAAUUGGUUAUCCGACCGUUAGCUCCGCCCCUAACCUCAACCCUCCAUUGUUACAGCCCAAUAUGGUUGACAUGAAACCAUUGAGUGACAUAAUGCCCGGUUCAAUGGUCCAUUCUAUACAUAACUCGCUUGAACCUGACAUAACCCCCUUAAUGCAACCCAAUACCACCCAACCCAACAUGAUGCAGCAACAACAUACAACAAACAACGGCUUCGGUGGAAUGAAGCACGAGUUCGAUAUGAACACGAACAACAAUGGUCUCAACUCCAUGGGUGGCGUACCCAUGAACGUGACCAUUCCAUCGAUGUUUGACCCACUGCCCCAGCAAGUCAACAACAUGCCCAAAAAAGAACCCAUCAAAGAAGAACAGAACGAACGCAAACCUCCAAUCGACCACAAACAACCCUCCCAAUUCAAUUACAAAAAACAGGAACAUAACGUUAAAAACGCCAGCUCGUGGUCGAGUCUAGCCAAGGCUAGUUCGCCCCAAAACGCGACACCUGGCGGCAGCAACCAGCAACAGCUCCGCGACAGUUUCAAAGCCUUCCAAAACAAAGCGAAAGAGAAAGCCGAUCGCGAGAAACAACGCUUGGAAAACCUCGAACUGAAACGUCAACAGAAACAGCAAGCCGAGAAGGAACGACUCCGAGUCGAAAACGAACGACGACGCGAGAAGGAAGAGGAGGACGCGUUGGAGAAAGCAAGGAAAGCUGUAGCGGAGCACCAACAGCAGCCAAUCGCCACUCAGAGGGUGGAGGAGUUGAGGUCGUCGCCGGGCGAGGGGAGUAUUUCCCCCGGAUCGCAAAGCUCGGGCUCGGAACGGACGGACCGGGAGAGGGCGCGGCUUCAGGAACAGGAGAGGAGGAGACGCGAAGUGCUGGCCAAUAAAAUCGAUAUGAACAUGCAAAGUGACGUCAUGGCCGCAUUCGAAGGCUCGUUAUAAUGACUAGUGGACGUGUUUGAGACUUUCAGUGAGACAAGAUUCUAUGUAAUUAUAUGUAUUUAUAAUAAUUUUAUUUGACGUUAGAGAAAAUUAGAUAUCGCUCAAAAAGUGGAAAGAACUAUUUUGAAGCUUCCAGCAUGAAGGUAUGCUUUAUACAUUUGCAGUAUGUUUCUUUCUUUUUAAAUACUGUUAUCUAGCAUGUAUAUAGAUAGACUUAUGUUGUUAAAUGUGAAUUGUACAGAAAAUUGGGUUUAGCGAGUAAUUUACUAAGUUGGCGUAUUAUAGCAGCAUUUCGUGUGUGGUACUUACGGAAAUGGGGGGUGAAUGCCCAAAUGCUGCUCUUUAUUUGUAACGAUUGCAUUAAAUAAAAGAUUUUUUUCUAUUUAAAUAAGUUGAUUUUUUCCAAUUGACCACAGACCACAAGUCCAGUAAGUUGUGAUAAACGUUGAUCUCUCACUAACCUUGAAGGCUUACUGGGCGAAAAGGCAGCUUUUACUUGGGGUUAAAUUAGGGACUAAUUAGACAAUUCGCAAAAUUAAUGUUUUAGAUACUUAAAGUGGUCAUGCUGUCACGUUUCUAGUUCAAACGAUUUGUUUCAAUAGCAAUAAUAUUUUAUCCUUUGUAUUAAGUGUAAAACUGUUUUUUAUGCUUACAGUUGCUGUAAAAACUAUUGUAAUAUAAGUACAUUGUCAUAUUUGUCAUUUGUUAGUAGUAAGAUUUACUAUCAUUACCAAACUCAUUGCUAUAUUUAACCCAAUUAAAAAAGUGAAAACCUCACCCUACCAUACUAUAAUAUGAAUAAAAAAUAAUAAAAAUCAUGUUUUGAUAACUUGUGAACUGUUCUCAUUAUUAGAAGCUACCUUUAUUUAUAGGAACAUAAAUGUAAAAUAAUUUAUAAUUAAUGGCUGUUAUAUAUUUUUUCAUUAAUUUUGAAGUAAGUCAUGAAUAGUGAUGUUAGAAUAAAUAUUUAAGGAAUAA